AUGAUGUCGGACAAGAUCGCAAACAAGGUGUCAAGUCAGCACGAAGAAAAGUACACAAGCAAGCUAGCAAGAGAGACAGGCAAUCAGAGAGCGAAGUUGGCUGGCUGGCUGGUCGGAAAGCAGAGAUUUAAUCGGAUAGACAGGCACGAUGGUAGGCAAACAGGCAGAGAAGCUCGCAAGGCGACCAGGCAGGAAAGUAAGAAAGCAGAGAGUUAA